AUGAGGAAUUUUCCAGAACACUCGGUGAGAAGCGGGGGAGCGGCGGUUUUCGGUGCUGCGCACAGUAACGCGCUCUUUCCCGCUCCUCCACGCCUGCCUCGGCCCGCUGACCGGCUGUCAAAAAUUGUGAAAGAAACCACUUACUAUGAUGUUUUGGGGGUCAAACCCAAUGCCACCCGGGAGGAAUUGAAAAAGGCUUACAGGAAGCUGGCCUUGAAGUACCACCCUGAUAAGAAUCCGAAUGAAGGAGAGAAGUUUAAACAGAUUUCUCAAGCUUACCAAGUGCUCUCUGAUGCAAAGAAAAGGGACUUAUAUGAUAAAGGAGGAGAACAGGCAAUUAAAGAAGGUAGAGCACGUGGCGGUUUUGGCUCUCCCAUGGACAUCUUUGAUAUGUUUUUUGGAGGAGGAGGAAGGAUGCAGAGGGAAGGGAGAGGUAAAAAUGUUGUACAUCAGCUCUCAGUAACCUUAGAAGAUUUAUAUAGUGGUGCAACAAGAAAACUAGCUCUGCAAAAGAAUGUGAUUUGUGACAAAUGUGAAGGCCGAGGUGGUAAGAAAGGAGCAGUAGAGUGCUGUCCCAAUUGCCGAGGCACUGGGAUGCAAAUAAGAAUUCAUCAGAUAGGACCUGGAAUGGUUCAGCAAAUUCAGUCUGUGUGCGUGGAAUGCCAGGGCCAUGGGGAACGGGUCAGUCCUAAAGACAGAUGCAAAAGCUGCAAUGGAAGGAAAAUAGUUCGAGAGAAGAAGAUUCUAGAAGUUCAUAUUGACAAAGGUAUGAAAGAUGGCCAGAAGAUAACAUUCCAUGGUGAAGGAGACCAAGAACCAGGACUAGAGCCCGGAGAUAUUUUCAUUGUUUUAGAUCAGAAGGACCAUACUGUUUUCACUCGGCGAGGAGAAGACCUUUUCAUGUGUAUGGACAUACAGCUGGUCGAAGCAUUGUGUGACUUCCAAAAGCCAAUAGCUACUCUUGACAACCGAACCAUAGUCAUCACCUCUCAUCCAGGUCAGAUUGUCAAGCAUGGAGACAUCAAGUGUGUGCUAAAUGAAGGCAUGCCAAUUUAUCGUAGACCGUAUGAAAACGGUCGCCUAAUCAUCGAAUUCAAGGUAAAUUUUCCUGAGAAUGGCUUUCUCUCUCCUGAUAAACUCUCUUUGCUGGAAAAACUCCUACCUGAAAGGAAAGAAGUAGAAGAGACUGAUGAAAUGGACCAGGUAGAACUGGUGGACUUUGAUCCAAAUCAAGAAAGACGACGCCAUGACAAUGGAGAAGCAUAUGAGGAUGAUGAACAUCAUCUUAGAGGUGGGGUUCAGUGUCAGACCUCUUAAUGAGGCCAGUGAAUGACACUCACUGCUGGCAUUUUAUAUACAGUAGUGAAUGAGUGAAGGACUAUAAUCAUAAUAUGCUCACUACUUGCUAUUGUUUUUGUUUUAAUAUUCAACUAUAGUAGUGUUUUAAAAGUUAAAUGAAGAAUAAACUCAAAAUAUAA